UUCAGUUGACAGAGUGGCUCCUGGUGAAUCGCUGCUUCAGGACUGAGAGCCUCUUUCUCUGAUUUCUCCUACAUCUCAGGAAAUGGCCGAUGAAUCCAAUACUACUUGCUGGUCUUUCCUGGACUUCCGCCAGUCUUAUGGUGCGAAGAAAAUGUUGGAGAACGGCGAGACGGUAGAUAUGCCGGUCGAUAACGGGAAUUCUUCGGGUGCUAUGUCUAAUGGCGACAAUCAUGCCAAAAGGACUACGGAGACGACUAUCUUUGAACAGUUUCAAAGCCAGGGGCAGAACUCAACUCAUUCGAAUGGAUUUUCAUCAAAUCAUCUGGAUGAAAGGCCGCAAAAGCCCUUACUUCCCCCUUUUGAAUCAGCUGAUAUGCGUGCUUUAGGAGAGAGUUUAUGUAGGGAUAUUAUUCGUGGGAGCCCAGAUGUUAAAUGGGAAAGCAUCAAGGGGUUAGAAAAUGCCAAACGUCUACUGAAAGAGGCAGUUGUGAUGCCAAUUAAGUAUCCCAAGUACUUCACUGGUUUAUUAUCACCGUGGAAAGGGAUUCUUUUGUUUGGCCCUCCUGGAACUGGAAAGACAAUGCUUGCAAAGGCAGUUGCAACAGAGUGCAAGACUACAUUUUUUAAUAUUUCAGCAUCAUCUGUUGUCAGCAAGUGGCGAGGUGAUUCAGAGAAGCUGGUGAGGGUGUUAUUUGAGUUAGCUCGGCAUCAUGCACCCUCAACAAUAUUUCUUGAUGAAAUCGAUGCAAUCAUUAGUCAGCGUGGUGAGGCACGCAGUGAGCAUGAAGCAAGUAGACGGCUUAAGACUGAGCUACUCAUACAGAUGGACGGUUUGACAAAAACCAAUGAGCUUGUUUUUGUUUUGGCGGCAACAAAUCUUCCCUGGGAAUUGGAUGCAGCAAUGCUCCGACGUCUUGAGAAGCGAAUCCUUGUACCACUUCCAGAACCAGAAGCAAGAAGAGCAAUGGUUGAGGAACUUCUUCCACCAUAUGAUAGUGAGGAGCAGGUCCCCUAUGAUUUCUUGGUGGAGCAAACAGAAGGAUAUUCAGGCUCAGAUAUUCGUUUACUGUGUAAAGAGGCAGCAAUGCAGCCCUUGAGACGCUUGAUGUCACAACUUGAACAGAGACAAGAGCUGGUGCCUGAAGAAGAGUUGCCAAAAGUGGGGCCAGUCAAACCAGAAGACAUAAAGGUAGCUUUGAAGAACACACGGCCAUCUGCUCAUCUGCUUGCUUCCAGAUAUGAAAAGUUCAAUGAUGAUUACGGUAGUCAAAUUCUGCAUUGACAACAUGUCAACAUGUAGCUUCGGUAAGUUGGUAGCUUUUCCGAUCGUAUUACGCGUUCUUACCACACGACGCAAGUUUCCUUGAGUUAGACUACGUAAAUUUAUUGCUGUCAUAUCUUGAAUUUGCCAAUACAUGCACCCCCGUGAAAACUGAGAAGUGCACUAAUUCUGGCGUUUGACGAAGGAGCACAAAGGUGAGAAAAAAGAAGUCAUGCAGAAUGUCAUGGUUUUUCUGGAGAAAAAAAUAAUAAAAAUUGAAGGCAUUAGUUGCAUGUUUAGCUGCAUACUUUUAUUUGUAACACCCGCACCUUGCUUUUCUUUUCAACUAUUUGGUAUCUGAUUAGUAUUAUCAAACUUAAGUAGCUUUCAUAACUGUUUUUUUUUUUUGUCAUUCAACUAUUUGUAUCACGCUUUUACCAAGACACACGGUAUCAGAUAUAUUGA